AUGGCUCUCUUCACUCCAUGGAAGUUGUCCUCGCAGAAGCUGGGCUUUUUCCUCGUGACUUUUGGCUUUAUUUGGGGUAUGAUGCUCCUGCACUUUACCAUCCAGCAGCGGACUCAGCCUGAGAGCAGUUCCAUGCUGCGUGAGCAGAUCCUGGACCUCAGCAAGAGGUACAUCAAGGCUCUGGCAGAGGAAAACAAGAACGUUGUGGAUGGGCCAUAUGCCGGGGUCAUGACUGCUUAUGAUCUGAAGAAAACUCUCGCUGUGUUGUUGGAUAAUAUUUUGCAGCGCAUCGGCAAGUUAGAGUCGAAGGUGGACACCCUUGUCAUCAAUGGCACAGGAACAAAUUCAACCAACUCCACCACUGCUGUUCCCAGCUUGGUAGCACUUGAGAAAAUUAAUGUGGCAGAUAUCAUUAAUGGAGCUCAAGAAAAAUGUGUAUUGCCUCCUAUGGAUGGCUACCCCCACUGUGAGGGGAAAAUCAAGUGGAUGAAAGAUAUGUGGCGCUCGGAUCCCUGCUACGCAGAAUACGGAGUGGAUGGGUCCACCUGCUCCUUUUUUAUUUACCUCAGUGAGGUUGAAAAUUGGUGUCCUCGUUUACCAUGGAGAGCAAAAAAUCCCUACGAGGAAGCUGAUCAUAAUUCAUUAGCGGAAAUUCGUACGGAUUUUAAUAUUCUCUACAGCAUGAUGAAGAAGCAUGAAGAAUUCCGAUGGAUGAGGCUGCGCAUCAGGCGCAUGGCUGAUGCAUGGAUCCAAGCGAUCAAGUCCCUUGCAGAAAAGCAGAAUCUUGAAAAGAGAAAGAGGAAGAAAGUCCUGGUCCACCUGGGCCUCCUAACGAAGGAGUCUGGGUUCAAGAUUGCGGAGACAGCGUUCAGCGGCGGUCCUCUCGGUGAAUUAGUGCAGUGGAGUGAUUUAAUUACAUCGCUGUACUUACUGGGCCAUGACAUUAGGAUUUCAGCUUCACUGGCUGAGCUCAAGGAAAUAAUGAAGAAGGUUGUAGGAAACCGAUCUGGCUGCCCCACUGUAGGAGACAGAAUCGUUGAGCUCAUUUAUAUUGAUAUUGUGGGACUCGCUCAAUUCAAGAAAACUCUCGGACCAUCCUGGGUUCAUUACCAGUGCAUGCUGCGUGUCUUGGACUCUUUCGGCACCGAGCCGGAGUUUAACCAUGCCAGCUAUGCCCAGUCCAAAGGCCAUAAGACCCCCUGGGGAAAGUGGAAUCUGAACCCGCAGCAGUUUUACACCAUGUUCCCUCACACCCCAGACAACAGCUUCCUGGGCUUCGUGGUGGAGCAGCACCUGAACUCCAGCGACGUCCACCACAUCAACGAGAUCAAGAGGCAGAACCAGUCCCUCGUGUAUGGCAAAGUGGACAACUUCUGGAAGAAUAAGAAGAUCUACCUGGACAUUAUUCACACAUACAUGGAAGUGCAUGCCACCGUUUAUGGCUCCAGCACAAAGAAUAUUCCCAGUUAUGUGAAAAACCACGGUAUCCUCAGUGGGCGGGACCUGCAGUUUCUUCUCCGAGAAACCAAGUUGUUUGUGGGCCUUGGGUUCCCCUAUGAGGGCCCAGCUCCUCUGGAGGCCAUCGCAAAUGGAUGUGCUUUUCUGAAUCCCAAGUUCAACCCACCCAAAAGCAGCAAAAACACAGACUUUUUCAUUGGCAAGCCAACUUUGAGAGAGCUGACAUCUCAGCAUCCAUAUGCUGAAGUUUUCAUCGGCCGGCCACACGUCUGGACUGUUGACCUUGACAAUCAGAAGGAAGUGGAGGAUGCAGUGAAAGCAAUUCUAAGUCAGAAGAUCGAGCCGUACAUGCCGUAUGAGUUCACGUGUGAGGGGGUGCUACAGAGAAUCAACGCCUUCAUUGAGAAGCAGGACUUCUGCCAUGGGCAGGUGAUGUGGCCACCCCUCAGUGCCCUGCAGGUGAAGCUUGCUGAGCCCGGGCAGUCCUGCAAGCAGGUGUGCCAGGAGAACCAGCUCAUCUGUGAGCCGUCUUUCUUCCAACAUCUGAACAAGGACAAGGACCUGCUGAAGUACGAGGUGACCUGCCAAAGCUCAGAGCUGGCCAAGGACAUCCUGGUGCCCUCCUUUGACCCCAAGAGCAAGCACUGUGUGUUUCAAGGUGACCUCCUGCUGUUCAGCUGCGCAGGCGCCCACCCCAGGCACCGGAGGAUCUGCCCCUGCCGGGACUUCAUCAAGGGCCAGGUGGCUCUCUGCAAAGACUGUCUAUAG